UUCACAAGACUCGUAUUAUGUUGCAACACCCAAAUAGUCUCAGUUAAUAGAGUACAUUAUACGGAUGUUCUAGUUUCACUGAAAUAAUAAUCACAUCUUUCUUCCAAGUUAAAAAAAAAUUGAACCUCCCACACUGCCUCUUCCCUUUCUACCCGGUCACGCGCAGUCAAGGGAGGAAGCGGGAGCGCGCUUUCCGUGUCUGGUUAGUGGACUGACAGCCAGCUGUGCGGCUACAACGACAACAACAACCUCCUGGAUUUGCUACAUACAACUAGAUUAGUGUUGGUCUGCUACUGAUCAUAAUCGCACACCAUAGCUAGUUUUUGAAGUGAGGGACUCGACACCACAACGCUAAAAAAUCAGUAUAAUCGGCGGUUUCCGUGCUAACUAGCUAGAAGAGCUGCAUUCCUCCAACAUGAAUCCGUUGUGUGGCAGAUGUAAUCUAGUCGUUUACCCCACGGAAAAAGUGAAUUGUCUGGACAAGUACUGGCACAAAGGAUGCUUCAGCUGCGAGGUCUGCAAAAUGACUCUAAACAUGAAGAAUUACAAAGGCUUUGACAAGCUACCAUACUGCAAUGCACACUACCCCAGGACAAACUUCACCUGUGUGGCUGACACUCCAGAGAACAUCCGCCUCAAACAGCAGAGCCAGAUGCAGAGCCAGGUUCGCUACAAGGAGGACUUCGAGAAGAAUAAAGGGAAAGGUUUCAGCGUGGUCACAGACACGCCGGAGUUGCAGAGAAUUAAGAAAACGCAGAGCAAUAUCAGCAAUGUUAAGUACCAUGAGGAGUUUGAGAAGAGGAAGACAGGAGGAGAGGUCCCACAUCAGCAACCAUCUAACCCCAGCCCAGCUUACCAGCCGCCUGCAGCCACUCAGAACUUCAACUAUGAGCCCACACCUGCACCAGUGCACCAGGCGGCCGCUGCCCCGCCUCCCAACACUGGAGGAGGAUCAGGGAAGCGGUACAGGGCCGUGUAUGACUACGCCGCUGCUGAUGAGGACGAGGUGUCCUUCGUGGACGGAGAUGUGAUCAUUGACGUGCAGCAGAUCGACGAGGGCUGGAUGUACGGCCGCGUGGAGCGCACCGGCCAGCUGGGCAUGCUGCCUGCCAACUACGUGGAGGCCAUCUGAGUGAGAGGGAAAGAAAAGGAGGGAGAGGAAAAAGGAGGAGGUAGAGAAAGGGAGGGAAAGAAGGAAAGGAAAAGCCCAGUGCCAUCUCAUCUUAACGCCGCUUUCUCUUGAUUUUACUCUUGUUCCCUAAUCUGUCCUGUGAGAACCCUGAACCCCCACCCACCCCCACCUUUCCCCCUUCUGCACCCCUGCUCUGCUCUCACUGUUCCACCACAAGCACCCUCUACCUGUCUGUCUGUCUGUCUAUCUGUCUGCCUGCCUCUUCUGUCCGUCUGUCCGUGCUGAUAUCCGUCUCUGUUUGGAUGUUCGUCAUCCUCCUUCCCAAACCUGGCUCUCCACUCUCAAGUGCUGUCACAAGUGGAAAAAUGAAAGUCUUCUAAAAGAAAAACUCACAGUUCAUUGCAGUACGUCAGGGGUCAUGCCGCGUAACACAGCUUCAUCCCUGUUACAGCACUUAACAAUCCAUGCACAACAUCAUGCAAACAUGUAAGAAAAUGUGAAAAAAAAGCCCCCUUUCCCCCUCACGAGUCAGUCAACACAGCUGCAGACAUUAUUCUGUGGAGAAGUUUGAAGUGUGGGUAGGUGUGGCAUUUUCAAAGGCUUUUUUCAUUAAUUUUGCAACGUGAUCUUGGCCAGACUGGAAACACAGUGUAGAAUCUCAGUCUAUCAGAACUUAAGCUUGAAUAUUUUUGACUUGUGUACAUUCCUUUAACCUCUAACCCUGUUGCUGUUGCACCAAUAAGCCAGUUAUCAGUCUUAACAGAGAGGUUUUUAAUAUAUUUAUAGAUUGACACACAUCUCGCCAUUGUGUGCUCGAGUAGGCGCCCUCGUGUUCAGCACUGCAUCGUGGGUAUGAAACUGGAAUCGUAGCCUAACUGAAGAGCACCUCCUGUCGUUGCCUUCCUCGGGCUUGUCGGAUACAGGAGGGAUCAGGGACAAGUUAGGGGACAUUAUCAGUCCAUCUCUUGCAGCCACACUGAACACAUCAGUCGGUGUGGACGCACAGUGUGUGUGCACCCUUAUUCCUGUUUCUUGCAGCCUGGAUGCCUUCAGUCCUGAGAGAAUCACAGAGUUAUGGUGAUCAAACAGUUUGGAGAAAGGAGAUGGGAACAGGUCAAGUCCUCCCCCCCUUAUAUCACCAUUUAAUAAAACACAUUCAUAAAAGAGAAGGCCAAGCACAACUCUUUAUUGUGAAUCUUUUUUUUCUUUGUUGUUUUUAAUUCAUUACACUUUUUUUGUGAGUGAACAUUCCAGUCUUUAUUUUCCGUUUAAUGUGAGAGAAAUUGUUCAAUCCUCGGCUGUGGUAAACGUUGUUCUCAUGCUGUUCUCCCUUGUUAUUGUAAGAUUCUUAUUUUCCCCAAAAAAAACUAAACAAAAUACUCAGUGUAUUAAAUAAAUAAAUAAAUAGAUAAACCAGUAACUCAAUUCAUGAACCAAGGCAGGAGUGAUUAUCUAGAUGUGUGCAAGCGCAGUGUUAGAUUUGUUGUGGGAUUAAUCAACCUGCAGUUUCAGGUCAGAACAGAGCUGGCAGCUGGGUUGAGAAAUCAGCCCAAUGCUUGCACGUUCGAGCCUGUUUCUGAUCAGUGGAUCUCUCUUAUGCUGUUAAUAUUCUGGAGCUUCUAAGAAAGAGUCGUGUUAACGGAUGGCAUUUAAAACAAGCAUAAGAUCAUUUUUCUUGUCCACAAAACACUGAAAAAGCCAGGCAUGUCAGGGUCGAGCACUGAUGCAAGACAGGAAGCUUUUUCUUUUGUCCAUCUGGCAGGAGAAUCCCAAAAUUGUCAACUAUUUUUGAUAUCUGAGCAGUGAGUCAGCACUAAGAUGUUUAGAAGAUUGGUUCAUUAACACAAAAUCAAGCAUUUAAGUUGCUGGCUGUUAAACAGAAAUGCUGCAUCAUUCCUUCCUCUAGAUCUGUAUUUCUGUGAGGACCUUUUUAUAUGAUUUAAAAAAGAAGAUAUUUUAUCAUUUCUCAGUGGUGUAAAUAAUCUCAUUGGCCCCUGACCAUACACACAUAUCCCUCCUUUUCUUGCUGUUUCAUUCUUCUGUGAUGCACUGUGACUGCCACAGACAUGAGCGAUCAGGGCGGUGCGUUUUUAAGGUGGCGUGGUGUGGGUUAGGGCGGGGGUGGGACAAAAAAAAGUUCAGCUUUAUUAAAAGAAAAAAGGCUCUCACUAUGUAGCUAGAUGACAUUGUACAAUUGUAUAUGUAUCAUAAAGGUAAGUUAGGGAAAUGUUUUUACAGGUCAUGGUGCUCUGGGAAGUGGCUUGCCUGCAGAUUAAAGUGGUUCAUAUUUUUUUGUGAAUGUGGCUGAAGGGGAUGUAACAUGACUAAAAAAAAAAAUCCAGUUUGGUGCAAGUUGGUGUUGAAAAUAAAAAAGAUUUUGCAACUUUCUAAUGUGAUGAAUUGUGACCGUGCAGAAAACAACACCACAAACAGGUUUGCCAAACAUAAAAUGAACACACUGUAUGUACGCCUGUAUUUUGCAUUAACCUCUUCUUGACAACAGGACAAGUUCAUUUGCAAAACAGAUGCUAGACGGGAAAAGCUGUUUUAGAGCUCACAGUGGUGUUUCGCUUGGGUAAACUGAAGAGUUGGGGGUUUUUGGCUUGAAGUGGAAUGAUUUUUUGUUCCUGGCUUAUGAUGAUGUUUGCUCAAUUUAAUUUAAAAACAAAGCUACUGGCACUAGUAGCCUCUGUUACUCUCUGGAUCCAAACUUUCUUUUGUCUUGAGGGUGAUGAUUCUGACAGUUGGUGUUCUGUGUUAAAUAAAAAUAAUGGCCAAAGGCAGACCAGUGCUGUGUGAGGCUGUGUGGCUCAGGAUGGAUUUGUUAAGUCAAAUUUAAGUUUGAAGUGAUGAAAGUGUGCGAAGCUGGGUGGUGGCGGUCUGAUGCUCCCCGACUGUGAGGCACAGCAAGUUGUUUGUCUGACCUGGAUAUUAGUCAGGAGUUAACCUCUUUGCGCCAAAUACCGCUCUUCUGCUCUGGCAUCACUCAUCUACUGAACCAUAACUUCAUCUCAUAACCCUGUUUCCAUUCAGUUUCUGUCUAGUAUCCCGUCUGCUGAGAUCCCCUCUUUCCUUCAACCUUCAUUGUAGGCUCCUGCGCUUCUGAUGAAUCAUCCCCUGCUUCUAUGAUACUGGUUAUAUACUGUAGACUUCGCAGAGUGAAAUCUUGUAAUCCACAAUCGCGUUCGGACCGGUUUUGUGCGUUCCAUCUUAAAUCAUUUUGUUUUUUUGUAUAAUUUUGUUAUUUU